AUGGGACGCAGAGCGGGUGACUCUCUCUCUCUCUCUGUUUUGUGCACAGAGCAUCUCUACCCUCCCGUCCUGACCCCGGUGGCCUACCAGCCCUUGGAGAAGGAGAACGUCACCUUGACGUGCAACACCUCCAGCACCAAAUACAUCACGGUCUCCUGGCGCAAGGAUGGCAAGGACGCGCUCCCCGAGAAUGCCCUCCUUUCGCCAAACAACGAGACCCUUACCAUCUACGGCUUCACCCAGAAAGACAACGGGAGUUACACCUGCGUGGUCAGCAACCAGCUCGACAAUCAAAUCAGCAACCCCAGUGUCCUGUCCAUGGCAUAUGGGCCCUACUAUGCCAUGAUCGUCCAGUCUGGAGACUUCACCCUCCGUUCAAAUGUGUCCCUUGUGUGCUCUGCCGACUCCAACCCCGCACCGCAGUUUCGGUGGUUUUUCAACAACAGCGAGACGAAGGAGACCAAACCGACCUACAGCAUCAUCUCAGCAACUUUGGAAGAUACUGGGGUCUACAGGUGCCAGGCUUUCAACCCCAAGACCAACAUCACAGUCAGCGUCAAUGUCACCAUGCAAAUUA